AAAAAAUAUCUCAACUUUUAGUUUGUGCUUUUUCUUUCAGUGGACAGGACACAGCACAGAAAUGAAAAUUAUAUCAUAGCCCCCUAAUUCCUCUAUUUUAAGCACUAACUGGUAAGGAAGAAAAUUAAUUUCCCACCACUGAACUAAUUUAUGAACCUUCUCAGUCUCCAUUUCCUCACUUUAAAAAUGUAAAUAAACAGAUGAAUCCUAAGGCGUUAUUUUGAGUGGGAGAAAGGGCUGCAACGCCCCUUUGCACCUGUACACUUCACGAACUGCAAACAAGUAACCUGACAACCUUGUGAAUAAACAGUGAUUUAGUGAACACUCCUCACCGAGAGGUGAAAAUCAGCCAAGGCUGUGCCAGUAGCUUUGCGUUCAUAUUUAGGGGAGAAACCAAAAAACACUUGAUCUCUACCAUUCUCAUCCAACUUAUUCCACAACUCGAGGUUCCCAAGACUUCAGUUACAGUGAUAUUUUUCAAACACCAGGAAAAAUAAAGUUAGUACAUAUGAUUCAUUUCUGCAAGCGCAACCGUGAACACGGGUGAACAGGAGGAAUUCUGAGUUCAGCUCAGUUCAGUCGCUCAGUCGUGUGCGACUCUUUGGGACUCCAUGGACUCCAGAACACCAGGCCUCCCUGUCCAUCACCAACUCCCAGAGUUUACUCCAAUACAUGCCCAUUGAGUCGGUGAUACCAUGCAACCAUGAGGAUGGGGUUCAGUUUUAACUGAGCGUUUAACGUUCUCUACGUUUAACGUAGAGAACACGACCAAUAAGAAUGAUUCUCUGCCUCCAGGCCUGAAAUCGCCAGCAGCAGCUUUUGAGGAGGGCUGUUCUUAAAACUCCGCAGAAGUCACCUCUCUACACACCCUACACCGCUGAGGGUCCGCAGGCAGCCGGGCCCCGAGGGGCGGAGCCUGAGUCUGCGCCUGCGCGCUAGCCCAGGCGCCCCAGGGUAAUUCAAGGCGGUGAUCGCUCCGCGCACUUCUUCUCGCGCAGACGCUGAGACGCGCCGCUCCCUGUUGAAGGCAACCCAAAGCCCUGCACACCGGCCAUGUCGUCCUCCACCCGCGUGGCGCUGGUCACCGGGGCCAACAAGGGCAUCGGCUUCGCCAUCGUGCGUGACCUGUGCCGGCAGUUCCAGGGGGACGUGGUGCUCACGGCGCGGGACGAGGCGCGGGGUCGGGCGGCCGUGCAGCAGCUGCAGGCGGAGGGCCUGAGCCCCCGUUUCCACCAGCUGGACAUCGAUGACCUGCAGAGCAUCCGCGCCCUGCGCGACUUCCUGCGCAAGGAGUACGGGGGCCUCGACGUGCUGGUCAACAACGCGGGCAUCGCCUUCAAGACUGCUGAUACCACACCAUUUCACAUUCAAGCAGAGGUGACUAUGAAAACAAACUUCUUUGGCACCAGAGAUGCGUGCACAGAGCUCCUGCCUCUGAUAAAACCGCAAGGCAGAGUGGUGAAUGUAUCCAGCUUUGUCAGUGUCAACUCUCUAAAGAAAUGCAGCCCUGAACUGCAGCAGAAGUUUCGAAGUGAGACCAUCACGGAGGAGGAGCUGGUGGGGCUCAUGAACAAGUUUGUGGAAGACACAAAGAACGGGGUGCACAGGAAGGAGGGCUGGCCCGAUACCGCAUAUGGAGUGUCGAAAAUCGGAGUCACGGUCCUGUCCAGAAUCCACGCCAGGAAACUGAGUGAGCAGAGAGGAGGGGACAAGAUCCUCCUGAAUGCCUGCUGCCCAGGGUGGGUGAGAACCGACAUGGCAGGACCCAAAGCCCCCAAAAGCCCAGAAGAAGGAGCAGAGACCCCUGUGUACUUGGCCCUUCUGCCCUCGGAUGCCGAGGGGCCUCAUGGAGAGUUUGUUUCCGAGAAAAAAGUUGUGCAGUGGUGAGCUCACUCACAGCUCCACCCAUGGGUCUCUUUAUAUUGCUAUCCCAGAUUCACCAAACAUACACUGACAAAAUUAUCCCUAUGCAGAAAAAAAGAAAAAGGAAUCAAA